CGGCCCGGCUCCCUCACGGGCCCCCCGGCUGCAGCAGCGGAGCCCCCCGCCCGGGCCCCGAUGAGUAACUCCCGGAACAACCGGGUGAUGGUGGAAGGGGUCGGGGCUCGGGUGGUCCGGGGCCCGGACUGGAAGUGGGGGAAGCAGGACGGCGGCGAGGGCCAUGUGGGCACCGUGCGCAGCUUCGAGAGCCCCGAAGAGGUGGUGGUGGUGUGGGACAACGGCACCGCCGCCAACUACCGAUGCUCCGGGGCCUACGACCUCCGCAUCCUGGACAGUGCCCCCACAGGCAUCAAGCAUGAUGGAACCAUGUGUGAUACUUGUCGCCAACAGCCAAUCAUUGGUAUCCGAUGGAAGUGUGCUGAGUGUACAAAUUAUGAUUUAUGCACAGUCUGUUAUCAUGGAGACAAACAUCACUUAAGGCAUCGUUUUUACAGAAUUACCACACCAGGAAGCGAAAGGGUACUUUUAGAAUCUCGUCGGAAAUCAAAGAAAAUUACAGCCAGAGGAAUCUUUGCAGGUGCCAGAGUGGUUCGUGGGGUAGAUUGGCAAUGGGAAGAUCAAGAUGGUGGAAAUGGAAGAAGAGGGAAGGUAACUGAAAUUCAGGACUGGAGUGCAUCUAGUCCACACAGUGCAGCAUAUGUUCUAUGGGACAAUGGUGCUAAGAACCUCUACAGAGUUGGCUUUGAAGGCAUGUCUGACUUGAAGUGUGUCCAGGAUGCUAAAGGAGGCUCUUUCUACAGAGACCACUGCCCUGUGUUAGGUGAGCAGAAUGGUAACCGGAAUCCUGGUGGACUACAGAUUGGUGACCUAGUAAACAUUGAUCUUGAUCUAGAGAUUGUACAGUCUUUGCAACAUGGGCACGGAGGAUGGACUGAUGGCAUGUUUGAGACUUUAACUACAACUGGAACAGUUUGUGGCAUUGAUGAAGAUCAUGACAUUGUAGUACAGUACCCAAGUGGCAAUAGAUGGACCUUCAAUCCCGCCGUUCUCACUAAAGCUAAUGUUGUCCGAAGUGGGGAUGCUGCACAGGGUGCAGAAGGGGGCACUUCACAAUUUCAAGUGGGUGACCUUGUUCAGGUUUGUUACGAUCUAGAAAGAAUUAAGCUUCUACAAAGAGGUCAUGGCGAAUGGGCAGAAGCUAUGCUUCCUACCUUAGGCAAAGUAGGCCGUGUACAGCAGAUUUAUUCAGACAGUGAUUUAAAAGUAGAAGUUUGUGGAACAUCUUGGACAUAUAAUCCUGCAGCUGUUUCCAAGGUGGCAUCAGCAGGAUCAGCUAUUAGCAAUGCAUCUGGUGAGAGACUGUCUCAACUCUUGAAGAAACUAUUUGAAACUCAAGAGUCUGGGGACCUUAAUGAAGAAUUAGUUAAAGCUGCUGCUAAUGGAGAUGUUGCUAAAGUAGAAGAUUUGUUAAAGAGACCAGAUGUUGAUGUAAAUGGACAAUGUGCUGGACACACUGCCAUGCAGGCUGCUAGUCAGAAUGGACAUGUUGACAUUUUAAAACUGCUCUUGAAGCAAAAUGUGGAUGUAGAAGCAGAGGAUAAAGAUGGAGAUAGAGCUGUUCACCAUGCAGCUUUUGGAGAUGAAGGUGCUGUCAUAGAAGUGCUACACAGAGGUAGUGCAGAUUUGAAUGCUCGAAACAAACGCAGACAGACUCCGCUUCAUAUUGCUGUGAAUAAAGGUCACCUUCAAGUUGUGAAGACAUUAUUGGACUUUGGCUGUCAUCCAAGUCUUCAGGAUUCUGAAGGUGAUACACCCCUCCAUGACGCAAUAAGUAAAAAACGUGAUGAUAUCCUUGCAGUCCUUCUAGAAGCUCUGGCAGAUGUUACAAUCACAAACAACAAUGGGUUUAAUGCUCUACACCAUGCUGCACUACGAGGAAACCCCAGUGCAAUGCGUGUUUUACUAUCCAAACUGCCAAGGCCAUGGAUUGUGGAUGAGAAGAAGGAUGAUGGUUAUACUGCCUUGCAUCUAGCUGCACUUAAUAAUCAUGUAGAAGUGGCUGAACUCUUGGUGCAUCAGGGAAAUGCGAACUUGGACAUACAGAAUGUGAACCAGCAAACAGCCCUACACCUUGCUGUUGAACGACAACACACUCAAAUAGUCAGGCUUUUGGUUCGUGCAGGUGCUAAACUGGAUAUUCAAGAUAAAGAUGGGGAUACUCCCCUUCAUGAAGCUCUGAGACAUCAUACUUUAUCACAACUCCGCCAGCUCCAAGAUAUGCAGGAUGUGGGGAAAGUAGAUACAGCCUGGGAACCAUCCAAAAACACAUUAAUAAUGGGACUUGGUACACAAGGGGCAGAGAAGAAGAGUGCAGCAUCUAUUGCCUGCUUCUUAGCAGCCAAUGGAGCUGAUCUCAGCAUUCGAAAUAAGAAGGGUCAGUCUCCACUUGAUCUGUGUCCUGAUCCUAGCCUGUGCAAAGCACUGGCCAAGUGUCACAAAGAAAAAGUCAGUGGUCAGGUGGGUUCACGGAGUCCUUCUAUGAUCAGUAAUGAUUCAGAAACUUUAGAGGAAUGUAUGGUCUGUUCAGAUAUGAAGAGAGAUACUCUUUUUGGCCCAUGUGGACAUAUUGCUACAUGUUCUCUGUGUUCUCCACGUGUCAAGAAAUGCCUCAUCUGUAAAGAACAAUUUCAGUCUAGAACAAAGAUUGAAGAAUGUGUGGUGUGCUCUGACAAGAAAGCUGCUGUUCUUUUUCAGCCUGUCCACAUGUGUGCUUGUGAGAACUGUGCUAAUCUGAUGAAGAAAUGUGUGCAGUGUCGGGCAGUAGUUGAACGGAGAGUACCUUUCAUUAUGUGUUGUGGUGGCAAAGGUUCAGAAGAUGCUACUGAUGAUAUUGCAAGUGGAAACAUUCCAGUUUUACAGAAGGACAAAGACAACACCAAUGUCAAUGCUGAUGUACAGAAGCUACAGCAACAGUUACAGGAUAUCAAAGAGCAGACAAUGUGUCCUGUGUGUUUGGAUCGUCUGAAGAAUAUGAUAUUCCUCUGUGGCCAUGGAACAUGUCAACUUUGUGGAGAUCGAAUGAGUGAAUGUCCUAUUUGCCGCAAAGCCAUUGAACGAAGGAUCCUUUUGUAUUAAAUGAGAAACAGCAGUGUGUUUUGUUAGCUAAAUGAAAUUUAAAUGCACUUGAUAAGGCAGUUCUAGUGAAAUACUGUAUAAUACCAUAGCAUAUGUACUACAUUAUAAUUACUUUGAAUUCGCCAAAACCAAACAAACCAUAAAACAGUAUUUGGACAGUCGUUUUAAAAUUUGGAUCAAAUCCAUGUAAGCCACAGUUAAUUUUAAAAAGGUUUUUUUUUACUCCAGCCUUGCAGAGUAUGAUUUGUAAUGGGACAGAUUUAAAAAUACAUUUAGUUCCUAAUUCUUUACUACUUCCAUUAAAUUUUCUUGUACUUAUUCAGUUUCAUCAACCCUUAGAAGAUAUGCUUUGUUUUCUCUUAUCCUUAACAGUAGUAGUCAUAUUUUUUCACACUAAGCCUAACAUAAAUACUAAGAAAUUAAUACCUCUUAAAAUGCCAUUUGGCACCAAGUGAAGUAGGCAAGUCAAAAUUUUACCUCAUUUAUAUUAGGAAUGCAGCGUUUCAAAAGUCUUAGUAUAGUUUGAGGCUUCAGAAAAAUAGCUUUAGACUUCAUUAAGACUUUUGGGACACCAAGUAUCAAAUCAUAAUUGUAAUCUCAACUUUAGAUAAUGUAAACAAGUUUGAGAAAUGCUUUGAGAGAGUAGAAAGACUGCUGAACUUGGGAAUCACAAGUUUGAAUUGGGCUCUGCCUGUGUGAUACUGGGUAAGUCCUUUAACCUCACUGGAAUUUAGUUGCUUUAUUUGUAAAAUGUGGGAGUUGGACUAGAUGACCUCUUGGGUCCCUUCCAGCUCUAGAUUUAAGAUCACAACCUGUGUCCUAAAAACAUAUAGGUCUCAAAUUUCACUUUAAUUUCCAAUGAUUUUUCCCAAAAUUUUUUUUUUAAACUAGAGUGUGGAAUAAUGAGAAAACAAUUACAGCUUCAUAUUAACAGUUUAUUUCUUAAGUUGUAAAAGAAAAAUAAAUCACUUGACUCUUGUUAUCACUUAAUGUAAGAGUAAUUGAUACUCUCAUUGAAAAAAAAUAAGAAUGGGCAAUAAAUGGGGAGUCGAAGAAAAAAUAUUAAGGAUCAUUUCCCUACAACAUUUCAAAAUAGAAUUAUUUUCAUACACACACAGGCAUGCGCAUGUGCAUACAGCUUCUGACCAUUAUUAAAAGACACUGCCCUUCUUCUAUGACCUGCUAUACUGUUGUUAUUAAGCCUUAUGCAAAAAUGAUGUGAAUAUAUGACAUUCACUUCAGUACUCCAGUUACAGUUACAUAAUUGCCGAUAUUGGUCUUGUCUGCACCAUUAAGAAGAGUAAUUGCUCCUUUCACAGGCCACUGAAUUUCAUCUUAGUAAAUUAACUUUUCCAGCACACUUAGAAUAAUGAACCUUCCAGAAGGCAGCAGUUUUCUCUUCUUGCAGGAUCAGUUUCAUUACUUUCGACAGUGUUGCUAAUUCUUUGUAUCUUCAUAGGUCUUACAUGAAAUGUUAAAGUUAUCUCCUGAAGUUACUGGGAGUGUCUUUAUGAAUUUACAAGUCUUUAUACCUACAAAUAAUUACUUCAAUCAUUGCUGCCAGCAGUGUUGCCAGCUUCCAGAAAAUGUUUAAGAAUGGAUUUUUCAUCUUUUGGGGAAAAGUUGGGCUCUGGUGGUCAAUACAAGGAUAGGAAUAAUUUUUAUCAGUGACAUCAUUUGCUUUGACACUAUCAUUGGCUAUGUAGAGAAUCUAAAGAUUUCUUAGUUUUAAAUGAGCAGAGCAUGCUAACAUAUCAAAAAGAAAAAAUGGAUUGAAGUAAAGUGUUUUUAGACCUUUCUGUGCUGUACAAGUGUGGCAUUGUCAAUAGUUUAGCUUGACAAUUUGCUGACUUUAGUACCUAAGCUCGUUAUUUUUUAUAUGUAUGUGUAUGUGUGUGUAUAUGAAUAAUCAUGCACAACCACACAUAUACACACAGAUUAUCUCUCCUGCAGAUUAAAAAAAAUUGUUUUUACAUUUUCUUUCUAUCAGUAACACUUUCCUUCUCCAAAGUUUUCCUACUACACCUAAUUGGAAAGUACAAAGUCUCUUAAUUGGGGGUUCAUGGAUGCCAGAGAUCUGUGAACGUUGAUGGGGAAAAUAGACAUUUUUAUUUCAAUAUAACUGAUUUCUUUGGAAAUACUAUGUAUUUUAUUUUAUAUAUCAAACCAUUAUUCUGAGAAAGGGUCUGUAGGCUUCAUCAAACUGUCAAAGGGGUCAAUUAAAGUUAAGAAACUCCUGUUCUACCAAAUGCUAUUUCCAAAUAGCUACAUAUUAUGUUGACUGAUUAAGCAAACUCAUUUUGGCUAAGCUGAGGACUAUAGUAAUAAUUGUAGUUCUGAAAGUAAUAAUUUUAUUCAACAAAACUUUUUCUUUGUUCUUUGACUAAUAGUUCUGGAAUUCACUUUAAAGGGGAAUUUUUGCCCUUCCAGACUGUUCUCAAUACUUUUGUUUAUGGUUUUAAAAUAUAAUAUUCUAAACUAUCCCAGAGUUCACAAUUUUUUGUUGUUAUUGUUAAUGGAUUUGUUGAUCUGUGUCAGUUAUUACACUUCUGAAGUUAUUUUUGUGAAUAGAUAACAGUACUUCUGUUUUGAUCAAUUGAAAGUUCACUUAUUUUUAAUAAUUUUGGUUUAAUGAGAGAAGACUAUGAGGGGCAGAAUUUAACAUGUUCUCCAGCUAUUUGAAACUCCAACCUCUGUUUUGUAUCUCCCAACAGUAGUUCCUGAUAAGUUAUUUCUCAUCCUAUCUACCAUCUUUUUUUUUAUCCUGUUGUCACCAAGUAUUUCUUAUUGUUUUUAGUUCUGUGUUGAAGUCUUACUAGUUGGUCAGAUCUCUAGAAGACUCUAGUUAUAGAAAAGAUGUCAGACCAUUUAGAUGCUUUGCCUUAAUGUCUUUCAGAAUCAUGGUCACAAUUGUGCCAUUUCCUUAAUUCUUAAUUUCUUCAGCAUAAUCAAGUAGUAUGUAUUCAAUAACACAUUGCACUGUUAGGUGACAAACUUUUUUGUUGACUUCAGUUGAGUUCCAAAUACUAAUUAGUUAUGAAAGUUACUAAAUUAACAUUUUGAGCUUAUCUUUUUCCCCCUGAUUUGAGCUAGGGAAGAUGGAUCUUAGAUACUAUUAUAUAAUUUUUGUCAGUGCAUUUCCUGCACUGGAUGCCUUUGAAAUUCUAUAGGGACAAUUUUCCUUUGUCUUUUGACAUCUUUCCCAGCAACCUCAUUUGUUGUUCUUUCCAGUGCAUUAAUACCUAUCUUUUGUUGUUUUGUAUGUGUUGGGUUUUUGUUUGAGGGAGAAGUAGAGGGGACAAGUAUGUUGUCAUAUGUUUGGAUGUUAUGUUACCUAAAUUAUCAUUACAUAUAUUUAGCUGGAUGUAUGUAGCUGUUUUCAUUAUCAUUAGUCCUUAUUCAUUACCAUAUAAAAAUUAUUAAAUACCCCAAACUUAAAUUAUUCUAUAAAACCUUCUGUUAACCACUAAGUUCAGUGUUAGAUCAAAUAUUCAUUCCUUGGUGUGUUGGGAUUGUCCAAAUGUUGUGUCAGAAUUUUAAUACUUUCAGAUUCUGCUGGAAAUUAUAUAAUCACUACUGUAAUUUGAAUUGUUAUUCUGUAUUCAACAUCUUAGAAGUAGAUGUUAAAAUUAGAUUUGAUAAGAAAAAGAAGUACAGUAUGGUUUAACCACCAUUAAGCACCUCUGGUACGCAAAGUGCUGGGGAAGAUAGAAAAUUUAGAGAAAACAUGAUUCCUUUUACUUGGAUGUCAGAGAAUAUGAUUGAUACCUUAUUUGUCUCUUUACUUUCUAUAUUAUAACUGGAGUUUUCUGUUAUAACACUGCCAAUUCUUGGAGUAAUAUUAGUAAGUUUAAAAUGAAAACUUACUGAAGGUGCUAUUCUUUAAACACAAUCAUUUUAAUGUACUUGUUCCUAUUGCUGUAUGCCAUAUACAUAUCUUGUAAAAAACCUUUAUGUCCAAGAUGAAAGCCCUAGCGCAAAUUAAAAAUUCUGUUAAGAUAAUACUAGUUCUAACCAUUAGUUUCAUUGGCAUAAUAGGUAUUACAGUUUUAAAAGCUGAAUUAAGAUAAUGCUAAAGUUAAAACACCACAAAUUGGGACAAAUUGUGGAAGUGUUUGUUGAGUCAUAUUUUCCUAGAAAAUUUUUAAAUGACAUUUGGUUUGCAAGACCCAUUUUUAACAUAUUUAAGUCUGUUACUUAACUUUUGUACAACUCAAAUUAUAUCUAUAUCAAAGCACACUAUCUAGAUAGCCUAAGAAGUUAACUCUGCCAUAUGUGCACACAAAGUACCUGUGCCAUUUAGAUUGUGGAUACUGCCAAAUUUCUCUUGCCUUGUUCAGUCAGGUUUUGCUUCCUUGUUCUCAUAGGGCCUUCACUUAAACUUAGAGUAGUAAAGAAAUGGUAGAAUUUCAAAGAAAUGGUGAAGGAAGAUGGUAAAAAAAAAUUAGAGGAGUGGGGCUGGGGUGGGGUGUUUGGUUUUCUGAACAUAGAGGGGAAAAAGGGAUUAUUGAGGUCUCACCAAGGCAGCCUGUGGGAAAUAUUUAAUACCAAAAAAGCCAGUUCAUUAAUAAAACCAGUUUUAAAAUCAUAUUUCCCAUAAUGGACUUUGUAAAUUGCAAGUUUAAAAUGGCUUUUGAUUUGGUCCAAAAGGGAAAAAUCAUUCAACCCCUCUCCUAAAUAACUGAAGUGUUUAAUAGUAAUUGUUCAUGUGGAAACAAUUGUAGAGAAGUUAAUUUUUUUUCUUCUAUGUCUAUAUAAAUCAGGAAACAAAUUCUUGUGUACAUUUCUUUAAUGACUUAAUCAAAAGACUUAAAUUAUUGAUAGACAUGGUUCUCUCAAAAUAUUUUUGGCACGCCUUCAGAUUGAAAACAAUGUGUCGUAGGUUUCUUCCCAUCACUAUUAAUUACACAUUUUGAUGCAGUCAUUUUGGGAGGAGGUUAAAAAUGGCUAUUCGUAAGGGCCAGCUAGGUGGCGCAGUGGAUAGAGCACCGACCCUGGAGUCAGGAGGACCUAAGUUCAAAUCCAGCCUCAGACACUUAACACUUACUAGCUGUGUGACCCUGGGCAAGUCACUUAACCCCAAUUUCCUCACCCCCCCCCCCAAAUGGCUAUUCGUUGAAACAAUUGCUUUCUACACUUCCCCUCCAUCCCCCCAAACCAUUUUUUAGCUUAGAAAAACAAUUAAGUUGCAAACAAGUUUGGUUAACUUUGAAUUUAAGCUGAGUAGGAGUAUAUUUUCACAAUAGACAUCUUGAUAGUAAAAGUGUAAAUAGACCUUAAAAUCUAUUGUGAUUUUAUUUUGCCAAAACCAGAAAAACUUAAUGUGGCUUUACCCAUAUAUUGUAAUAGGAAUACUUGACUGAUAUCACUUGAUAAUCAUGUAGAGAUGGAAUGUUUACUCAAGUAAGCAAAUUUAUAGCAGUAUUAAGAGUGGCUAUUUUGUGGCUAGUUUAAAACCUAUUUGAGGAAGCUUUUAAAGCUGAUUAGAUACGUUUGACUUUGCUGUAGGACAAAAAUAUGUUUAGAUUGUUUGAAUUUUCUUUAUAGUAAUUGCUGGUGAAGGUAGAAACAUGGACAAUUAGUGUUGAUCAGUUAAUGUUUCAUAGCUUAAGACUUUGAAACUUUCUACCUCCUUUCUGUCAAAGUGUUACAUUUUGCCACAAUUCCAGUCUUUAGGGUCAAAGGAAAGUGGAAGUCUGGAGGUGUGGAGGGUUUUGUUAGUAGUGUUGCUGUUGUUUUUUUAAUACAAACAAAACAAAACCCACCCCCAUGACACUGCUUUGGGGUUUUUAUCACUUAAGUUUGGUGCCUAAAUUCAUAACAAAAGGCUAAGGUUGAUCUUUAAAUGUAUGAUGAUAAAAUUGCCAAGUGUUAUACAUACUGUUUCUCUUCCAUGGUGUAGGCUGCUUAAAUUAAUUUCCUCCAAAAUCAAAAUGGUUUUUGUUCAUUUACAUGUUUUCUUCCCUCCCCACAUGUCAUUUCUUUUUAAAAUUAUAACAGCAGUAAUUUAAAGUUCUGACUCAGGGCUUUUUAACAGUUUAAGCAAACUCCUAUAUGUUGUUACAUUUUUAGAAAACCCCACCCACAUCAUUGUUUAGUGCCUUGAAAGAAUUAUUGACUUGGCAACAACCAUUAGACCAUUACAGUGUGCCUGUGUGUGUCAGCAUAUGCAGACAUGUACGUCUCAUUAUUUAGAUACUGCAUGUAUGUACUGGGCAUUGGUAAUUCUGUAAAGGAAGUUUUGUAGAUUUAAAUUUGAAGAUUAUUUUUUAAAAACUGAUCAUUGUGUCCAUGACAGCUAUACUAGUAGACAGAAUAAUUCUGCGUUUAUAUUCAUACUAAGUCACGUGUAUUAAAUAUCUGGGGAGAGGAUCUAAUAUUUUAUGUAAUCAUGCCUGUUUAGUUUGAAAGGAGAAACCAGUCUGUAAACAGUGAUCCCGCCCCUCCAAAAAAAAACAAACAAAACCUUUUAUGUUCUAACAUUAACAUAUAAAAAAUCUGCAUGGAGUUUUUCUUAAUGAUAAUCUUAUGUUGUUUUGAGUUCACAAGUUUUUCUUUUUACUAAGCUUAGUAUGCUAGUGUUAUCAGUCCAAUAUACAAUAUAUUCAAUAGAAGAUAACUUUUAUUGACUCAUAACAUUUUGUUUCUCCUUCUCCCCCCACAAUUGUUAGACUUACAUGUUCAAUGGAAUUUGAAGUCUUUUGUGUGCAUAUAGCUUAAUUUCUUCUGUACUACCAAAUGAUUUUGCGUAUUAGUCUGAGUUUAAAGAAAUGCUUAGCAAGUCCUAAGCUUUUAAAAUUAAAUGCUAAUAUCUUCCUGUUAAUAAAGUUUUAUUAUAUAAUGUCUUAAUCUGCUCUUUUGAAAAAUAUUAUUUUUAAAAGUAUAUGCAUGAGUGCUGGAUGCUUCAGGCAUUUGGUAUAUUUAUUCCUUUCAUACUUCAUCGUGAUUGAAAUAUUUAACUAUAGAAAAGCAAGGAGCUGUUUGUUUGCCUUUGUUGGCUUUGAGGGGAAAAAAAGUGCCUAAUUACUUUGUAGAAGAAAAAAUGCUCACAUCCAAGAGAAUGUUGUUUAUAUCCAAAAUUGCACCAUGAAAAUAACCUAGGGACUUAUUUUCAUUAUAACUGGCCCCCUCCUAAUUAGGAUUGAAGAUUAUUGUAAGAAAUAAGUGAGUAGGGGCAGCUAGGUGGCACAGUGGUUAGAGCACUGGUCCUGGAGAUGGGAGUACCUGAGUUCAAAUCCAGCCUCAAGACAUAUUUGACACUAGCUGUGUGACCCUUGGCAAGUCACUUAACCCCAAUUGCUCACCAAAAAGAAAAAAAAAAGAAAUGUGAGUUAAGAGCUUGACUUGAUUUCAGUCAAAAAACAUUGCCUGGACUUGAUUUAAUAAUUUUUGGUCUUUAAUAGUGUGUCAUAACUCAAAAAUUGGUAUAAGUUUGCUUUUGCUUUUAAAAAAUACUCAUUUUUGGGGGAAAAUACUCAUUUUGGAGCAGUAAUUAUUUUUGAUAUUUUCAAUUCAUUUUGUUGAUACAUCAAAAAUAAACACAUUGGACUAUUCUAUUUAGUAAAACUAACUGAAGAAUUUACUUUAAAGUCAUGGGAGGUAGGAACUAUUUCUAGUAAUAACAAAUUAAUCAUGGAUAAUUGAGGAUGUUUUGCUAGCAGUAGAUUACAAAGAUAAUUACCAUCAACAACAAACAAAAUGGCUACUUAAACUGCUUAAAUAAAGCAGUCUUAGUGAUCACCAGUUCAAGAUCUAGAAUUUAGGUCUGGAUGACUCAUGGUAAUCAUAUUUUUCUUUUAAAACACUGUAUAGGUCGUUAUCUUUGAUUACAUUAAAAACUGUGCGUAGGCUUGAUGGUGUUUUUUUAAAAAAUACAUUUAACAAAAAUUUACAUUUUUUUAAUCAUUGACCUUUUAAAAAAAAAACCUGUGAAGGUUAUGAAGAAACUUUAUACCUUUGGUGUAGAAUUUCACAUAGCAAAAAAUAUGAUAAUUACACACUAACAUGAAUGUGGAUGAUGUAAUCCUCAAUUUGACUCAGACCAAUUAAUGUAAUAUGGAGCUUAUGAACAAAUAAAAUAUCUGUGACAUUGCCUGGAAUAUUACUAAAGGAAUCAUGGAAUCUGAAAGUCAGAAGAAGCUUCA